CCUGGUCGUCGACCCGCCAGGUUGUGUCGCCUCUCUCGCGGCGUUUGUGUGUAGUGACCAGGUCCUGUCUAAUGUGUGUCCGGUCCUGUGUGGCCUUUGCGCUCCCAGGUGUGAGAAAGUUUGUCACAAUGGCGGAACUCUACAGGAUGACGUCUGCCAGUGCGCAUGUCCGGGAAACUACACUGGGGACUUCUGUGAAGAAUCGGUCGAGCUGUGCAUGUCACCGCCGAAUGUACCGAACGCCGACGUGUUAGUUGUGGACAAGAUGGCGGUUUACACGUGCAGAGCGGGAUCAGUGAGCACGGGAGGCAGUGUGUACAACUCGACGUGUGGUGUGGACGGGGCCUGGACACCCACCAACUUAUCAUGUACUGAUGCAACUAGCUGCUACUUGACGAGAAACGGCGUCCGACUUUACCAGGGAACACUAUCUACGACCAACAGUGGUCUGACGUGCCAAAACUGGACUUCUCAAUCUCCGAACAGACACCGUUACUCGGACGUUCAUUUUGAGAACCUGGGUGAGACGGCGGCCCUGGCCGUGAACUACUGUCGAGACCCCUCGGGAAGAGGUGUGCGUCCCUCCGGCCGACUCUGGUGCUACAACGGGGCAUCGAGACGUCCUAGGUGGGACUGGUGUGACGAUGUGCCCAAAUGUUAAUAACUCUUAAUUAAACUGCAAUAGUUAAACAAAGUGAUGUAUUAUACUAUCCACACUUUGAUAAGGAUCAAAUCAUGGCUUCAACAGAAAACAAUUAUGUGCGGUCAAAUUUGGUUUAAAUACCUAAGCAUAUUGCAAGCAUGGAUCCUAGGUUUCAGUAUUGCAUCUUGUG